UCUUUUCCAAAAAUAUGGCAAUCUUAAUGAAUCAUAUGUUUUGGGUAAUUUUGGUUAUUGCGUCUGUUAGUCCACUGGAUUCUAACCAUUUUUUAUAAAAAUAAUCACUUAUUUUUAAAUAAAAUCUUUUCAAAAUGAUGCGCUAUGAGGAAAACGAAAAAUUGGCUGAUAAUACUGCCUGUGCUGGGGUACGAGCCGAUUUGAAAAUGUGUUUAUUAGAAAGUGAUUGCUGCAAAAAGGACAAGAGGACUCCCAGGGAGUGUUUGCAAGCUAACUUGGUGCCUGAAGAAUGUCAAAUUCUACGCAAUACCUUUUUUGAGUGUAAAAGAUCCAUACUUGACAAUCGUAUGCGUUUCAGGGGUCGUAAAGGCUAUUAGUUUUUCUUUCGAGUUUGCUAAUAAGUCAUCAUUAUAGUCAGUCAUCAACUAAUAGGUUUAAAUAAAUAAAUUGUUUCUUUGAUAUAAAAAUAAAUGUUUUAAUUAUAAAUAAUCAA